AUGUGUCGAGUGAAGGAAGAUCCUUACGACAAAAUAGUAGACAUGAUCCAACAAGAGGCUGUAAAUAUUUCGGCGUUUCGUCAGUAUCCUCGACUGAUGGAUGCACAAUUCACAGUGCCAACUACAAAUUCUAGUCAAGCCCACAAUGGUAUCAGCGAUGUCCUGUAUAGCUCCUGGUCUGCGUGGAACUCUUGCAGCGUCACCUGUGGAGUGGGAAUUAGCAGCAGGAAGAGAAGCUGUUUAAAAAAUGUAUAUAAUGCCAAAGGCGUAUCUGUCCCGAUCUGCCACGGGGAGUUAGCGGAACAUAAAAUUUGCAAACUACAAGCAUGUCCACCGAAUUCUCAGUCUGGUUUUGAAAAGCAGUGCUCUCAAUAUAAUGAUCGCAUUAUAGCUGGAAAACUGGUAAAAGAAUGGAUCCCAUCCAGGGAAGCAGGUCCUAACCCGUGCGAACUCCGGUGCGAGGCCAAGUCCGAGAAGCUGGUCUACGGCUUCGGAAAGGUGUCCAGUGGCACCCCUUGCCCUCUGGGGGUAUGUCUGGACGGCAGGUGUUUGCAAGUGGGCUGCGACGAACGCUUAGGGUCAGAUGUGAAAUUGGACAUGUGUGGUGUCUGCGGAGGCCGUAAUGCAACCUGUGUUCAUUAUAAGGACUUUUAUCUGAAGCAACCUUCGCAUGAAGGAGGUAAAAGAAAUGCUUACAGUGAAGUCGUUGUGAUUCCAGUUGGAGCUCGAAACAUAAUAGUAAGACAAACCGUGGGCAAGAAUUUCUUAGCACUACAGGACAAAAAUAAUGGCAUAAUAUUCAAUCGAGAUUUACCUACUACUAAGUACGAGGGUCAUUACAGAAUUGCUGGAGCAUCUGUUGAAUUCAAGAAACUGGAUAACACCAGCGAAGUUUUGCUUGUCAAAGGCCCAGUCGCGGAAGACAUGUAUGUGCUGGUUCUUCUCAGAAGUGAAAACCGUGGUAUUCACUACGAAUAUUGGCUUCCUAAGCAAACCUACAAUCAUUUCGGGAGUGAAUAUGCUGUUCCGUUGUCUAACAAAGAACCAUCAAGACCAGUUUCAACAACAACUAUCAAACCAGUUCCAUCCAUAGCAAAGCCAAAUGUGGUAACUCAUACGCACCACCACCCCACUAAGCCAGCAUUCGCAUACGGAUACGGGGAGAAACCCUAUCAGCGGAGGGACGCUCCUAUAUUCCGCCAUAUUCCCACCACUGCCACAACCACAGAAGCAAUAAUGGAUGAUAAAGAUAAUUUCGUGCCAUCGGUUGUACACUCAAAACUUGGAAGAGCCCAUGAGUAUUCCCCAAAUCGAGAAUUCCUUCUUAGGAAAGAGGUGCUGCCAAUGUACCAACCCAAAUACCUUUCAAGACAGCCUGUUGCAGACUACUACCAGACGUAUCGGAAUGCAUCGAUUCCAAAGCCAAUCAAACGAAGUAAUCUCGACGAUGAACUUCCUGUUUUGACUCAGCAAGACUCCAGCAGCCCGGAUGAAAAAGGAAGUUCGGACAACUUGAUUCCAAACGAUUUCUUUGCUGAUCGAAAGUACGAUUCGACCAAAUUCCGAAAGCCUUCCAGAUAUGCCUCAGACAUAGACAAGAAGCUGGAUAAAGCUCUCAGGAAUUAUGUGCCAAACGGUAGGCUGAAGUAUUCCGUUGACUCCAAUGACAAGGAUGAGGUGUAUGUUAAUGCAUCAGGACGGUUUACCCCAACGCCAUUGUCUAUAGCAGUGUUGCCGUUACCUGAUGGAAAAGUGCACAAGACUCAAAAGAGUCGUCCAAGAGAUGGAGACAAACAACAGUUAAAACCUCGGUUGACAAGAGGAGGGUCCUGUGAACCUUGUCCAAGAAAUCGAAAUCAGACGAAACAUUUCUGUGAAAGUGAUUUUGUCAUUCGAGCAGAAAUAAUUGGCUAUGAGUUUCUGCAAGGAGAAACAAGGUAUGAGCUUGAAGUAAAACAAAGUUACAAGAAUACUCUAUCUCUUCUUCCAAAGGAAUUCAUAUGGUCCCCAGACGCAUGCAGGUGUCCAAAGUUACGUCAAGGUAAGGAAUACGUCAUCAUGGGUCGCAUCGACAAUGGCUACCGGAAGAGGGAGAGCAGACUUCUUGUGGACAAGUCUUCCUUCGUUAGGACUUACAAUCUAAAAUACGCAAGACGUCUCCAGAAGUUGAGGAAGGACCGACUAAAGAAAUGCAAAUCAGCUUCUUAGCGCAAGCUGUAAAGAAUUGUUUGUUAUUUAAAUUGCGUUGCUGUGUAAGCAAGUGGUUUUACUUGUUGAUGUAAUUCCUUCAAAAAGCAUUCAACUCAAAUGCACCAAGUCACGUGUCGGCCGUACGCUUGAAGGAAGAAGAUUCGGUAGAUCCUGAGGAUGAAUUGAUGUCGGUGUGCUUCAGUUUUUUAGGGCUU